AUGAGCAGCUUUCUGCCCAUUGCGGUCCCAGCUACCGUGCCUACGAUCCUAGCUUCAACAAUCAUCGUACCUCUUUUUCUACUCAUUCUCCGGGGAAUUUACCAUGUGUAUUUCUCACCUCUGAGCUCGAUCCCUGGGCCUUGGUAUGCUGCUGUCUCGGAAAUAUGGAUCCUGGUCCAUACUUUACGAUGUCGAAAGGUUCGAGCUAUAGACGAUUUGUUCAAGGCUUAUGGACCAGUGGUCAGGAUUGCACCGACAACUAUCGCGUUCCUCGACAAAGAUCACGAGCAACAAACUACCAGACUGGUAUAUAAUGCUCUCAAGCUGGAUAAGGGUCCCCUGUAUGACAUGGUCCAUAUGAAUGGCCUAGACCGGAAACCGCCCCUCUAUGAGGGCGAAACCUCGAUAGAGGGACCGGAAUAUCUGAGUUUAAAUUGGCAGGAACUGCGUUAUCAUUCUUAG